AUGGACCAAUCAGUUGCAGAUCAGACAAGCUUCGACUUCAUAGUCGUCGGCGGAGGCAACGCCGGCGCCGUCGUCGCCUCCCGCCUAGCCUCCUCAGCCUCCCACCCAACAGUCCUCCUUCUGGAAGCCGGAGGCACAAAUGAAGGCUUCGAAGGCAUGUCCGGCGUCAAGCGCUACCAGGCUGCCUUCUCAGAGACUUCCAAAGCAAACUGGAAGUACAAAACUGUGCCCCAAUUUGGUCGAGAGAUCGACUAUUCUCGUGGCAAGGGCUUGGGCGGGAGCACGGCGAUCAACUUCUGUGGGUGGCUUGUGGGGCCGAGGGAUGAUUGGGAUGAGUUUGCGGAGAUUGUUGGGGAUGGGGCAUUUGAGUGGAAGAAUGCGAGGGAGUGUCUGAAGCGGGUCGAGUGUUUGCAUGAUACUGUGCCGGAAGAUUUUAGGGAAUAUAUCAGCCCGAGAGCUGAAGACCAUGGACUGAAUGGUGCUGUCGAUAUCGCCUACGAGAAGGUUUGGCAUCCAAGCGUCAGAACCGUGUUCGAAGCUGGAAGACAGGCAGGCUACAGGAUCAAUCCGGAUGUCAACAGUGGUGAUCCGAUCGGCUUUGGCAUAGGCGCGACUUGUGUUUACAACUCAUCAAGAGUCACAGCUGCCAGUGGCUAUCUGAGAAGUGUUCCCGCGAAUCUCACCAUUAUCACUGACGCACAUGUUGCGAAGGUAACUUUUGAGGGCACCACUGCCAACGGUGUACUACUCACAAACGGCACGCAUUAUUUGGCUCGGAAAGAAGUGAUCAUAUCUGGAGGCGCUAUCAACAGCCCGCAGAUCCUUCUGCUGUCAGGUAUUGGUCCAUCGUCUCAACUAGAAGAACUCGGGAUCGAUCCCGUCAAGGAUCUUCCGCAUGUUGGAGCAAAUCUUCAAGAUCACUGCUUCUCCACUGCUGGCAUCGUGGUGCGCUCCGAGGGCGAGAACGAAGACCCAAUAUCAAGACAGACGCCAUCUCCUAUGGGCUGGCUCAAGAUGGAAGAAGUUUUCGAUUCAAAAGAGUUCAGAGACCUCCCAUCGAGUACUCAAAGCUUUUUGCGUAAGCCUACGGUUCCGAUGUGGGAGCUGGUGACGCACAGUCCCUUCCUGGACGGACACCGAUCCUCUCUCCACGAGAACGUCAUGGCAGGUAUGGCGUUGAUCAUGCUCCCACAAUCUCGUGGCACGGUCACCCUGCAAACUGCCAACCCACUCGACAAGCCACUCAUCGACCCCAAAUUUCUCUCACACCCGUUCGACCAGCGAGUGGCCAUAGAAUCCAUGCGGAAGCUUCUCCAAUUCCUCGAAGCUCCGAUCCUGCAGGACAAGACCAUCCGAAAAGUCGGCUGGCCUGAGUCGUCGUCGGACGAAGGACUGCUGGCACACUUCCAAUCCAACCUGCACAGCUCAUGGCACAUGAGCGGCACAGUAUGCAUGGGCCAAAGCGAGAACACCUCGUGCGUGGACUCAGAUUUCCGGGUGCACGGCAUUGACCGCUUGCGAGUUGUGGACAUGAGCGUGGUCCCUUUCGUGCCGAAUACUCACACACAGACUACGGCAUAUAUACUGGGGGAGAUUGCGUCGGAUAAGCUCAUCACUGAAUACAGACUUAACGAGGGAAAGGCUCCGGCUUGA